AUGUCACCCUUAGAAGAUAUCAGACUCGACCAUCCGAUGUGUCUUUUUGUUACUCGAGAUGGGGAGAAGAAUCAGUUCUCCUUCAACUUGCCAUUUUAUCCCAAACACUCUCUCAAUCUGGAUAUCUCUAAGCCUGGCCGAAUUUUCACAGUUCGCCAGGCAGGAAGCGAACCUUUUACCGAUUUUGAAACCCGGAUGCUUCAAUGUCUGAACAAGUACUUUGAAAAAUCGUUGAAAGCUUCUAACGAGAGUCGUUCUAAGCACUUAAAAAUUACCAAAGUGGUCCUUGCUAAUCCUCAAUUGAAUCCUGAUGAUAGAUUGGAGACCAUCUUCGCUUCCCCCUCUCCUCUCCGAAUAAUGAUUGGUAUUGAAGCAGACAUUCCAAGAGACUUGAUCCUCGAUAUGGUGUUGAAUCCGGCUUCGGUGAAAAGUGUUAAGUUAGAGAUGAUUCCACAGGUUGGCUGCCCAAUUACUCCGUCUAUUGUUGCCACAAAUUUUGACUUCAAAAAGUCAAAAUUUCAAUGGAUUUUGUCUAAGGCUAGCAUUGUUGCUGAUCGUUUUUUUUCCGAUCUCCUUAACACACUUGAGCGGUUUCCCAUUCCAUUUGCUACAGUCUUUUCGCCUUUUGACUUAAAUUCAGGACACCGCAACAAAGCGAAUUCAGAAAAGGAAGCCAUAUGGCCAAGUGAGGAGGAGGAAGGGGGUGGAAUUGUUCACGAGGGCUACAUAUUCACUCCACAACCCGAGCACCUGGGACAUAUGGUUCGGUUGAGAGUUCUUCCCUACGACUCGGAGGGACGACCCGGCCAGCCGUUUGGCAAUCCGGUGCCUCCCUCGCUAUCUAGUGAAAAUGGACCUCAAGUCAAUAUUCCUCGACCUUUGCCCUUCCUGGGUCAACUAACAACAGCGCCUCGACCUAUUGACAUGGCCCCCGCACAAAAGCUCAUCAAGAAAAGUUCUAGCAGUUUCAAAAGUGGUCAACUUGGUACGGAACUUAUCUCAGAAAUCAUACAGUUCAUUCGAGUCGGAAAUGGUGAUGAAUGGACACAGCAGUUCAUGUAUCCCUUCAACCAGAAGCCGAGAGUUUUGUCAAAUUGCGAGCCUGCAAGCACUAUUCAAGCGUUUGCUCUUACUGUAUUUUUCCUUCGUAUGGGAGCACCUUCUACACGUGCCUAA